CGAGCUUUUGCCACGCCCAAGAGGCUUGGAAAAUAGGCAACAGGCAACCAGGAUAGUGCAUUAAGGACUAAAUCUUCUGCGGUGGACAAAGAGGGAACAUCGAGGACAAAGAAAAAAACAAUAAUGUUGCAUUAUUCGGUUUGGAUUUCAUAUUCAAACCACCGUCAAGUUAGUGACACUUGAUUUUAACAUCGACAACGAUAGCUAUGGACACGGCCGAAUCAAGAGAUAGUGACGCUCCGUCGACCAGUCAGAGGAACUCGGCAUUGCAGAGAGCGGUAUUAAUAUCCUGAUAUCUAGAACCCUAAGCUUGCUCACGUAGCUAAUCAUGGCAUAUAUUACUGUUCGCUCACCAGUGUGAUAAUUGCCGCCUCCGAAAGGUAAGUUAAUGUCUAUCUGGCAUACAGAGGUAUAAAGAGCCAAUUGCGUUGACAGCUGGUUUUAGAUAAAAUGUGACAGAACUUCACCAUGCUCCAAUUGUCGAAUUGGGAAGACAAUAUGUCGAACCACGCCUCGAGUGAAGGAGCAGCGCCAACGAGUAUUAAUUUCGCAUCAAUAGUAUGCCAUUUACCCAUCUUUUUUUUACUAGCCCAGGAAUAUUUGGCUGUGAAAGAUCGAUACUAAAUUCCCCUGGUAGUGAAAGGAAGAUCGAGACUAUCGAUGAACGGCUGUCGACUAUAGAACGAUUGUUACAGGAUCUCACUCUCUCGUUGCCCGCGGCCACAGCUUUACCAUCAGCACCUAAAAUACCACCAGCGCCUUCAUCAAGAUAUCAUGACGGCUCGAAUGUACCUGUGGUCAUACGAAACUCGGAAGAACCUGAGACGAAACGGACCCCAGAGUUCGAGGGCGAGUCGUCAUUUAGCGCCCAUUCGAUGCAUGCAGGCGCUCUUUUCGAGAAUGCUAUGAAAAGAAUACCCUUUGCACAUGUGCCCAUGAUGUCCCAUGCCUUAUCUGCACUGCAGGAUAUAAUAAAACGCCAAUCCCUGCCGUCGUCUGUGAAUGUUCUACGAUUCCCUGGGCAGCCGCCUAAAAAGAGGAUAAAUUUCUCUGACCUGGAGCUGCCUCCUUCAAGUGCCGUUUUGACUCUUCUACGGCUUGCAAAUGGUAUGUUGACAUCUAUAUUCUCAAUCAAUGCUGUUGGUAUAUUGAUUAGAAGAAUAUGUUUGCAGACAGCCCACCCCUUUUCUUCCUUACGCUACCUGUGAUGAACAUAUCACGUUUUACACAAAUGUGUAAAGAUCUUUACUUUUGUACGGAAGAAUACUCGUCAGGACGAUUCGCUUCAGUUAACGCUAUAUUGGGGCAUCUCUUCAAAGAGAUUUCAUUUCGUUUCAAGGAUGAUCCAUCCACCGCGAAGUUCCUCGAAUACAGCGAGCUCUGUAUGUCGAAUUUUACCGUAGUUAUUAGCUCCUUUGAUAUGUUUCCAGAGCCAACUUUGGAUAACUUGAUGGCCUUGACAUACGCUGUACGUUUGGCUCCAUUCAACCGAGAUCCCAUUCCUUACUGAAUACAACUAAUCAUUUCCAGAUACUUCAUGCAACUGAGUCCGCAAAAAUAUCACUAUGCUGGAAUUUCGUGGCGAGUGCUGCUCGAAUGGCUCAGAGCCUAGGAUAUCACCGCUCUGUGGCAUCUAAGGAUGACAAGCCUGAUGAUGUCCGCCUGAAAGCAUUAUUAUUCUGGUUCAUAUAUUCUAUGGACCGAAGUCUGUCCCUGUGUCUAGGAAGAGCUGCCUUACUCCCGGACUAUGACAUUGCGCUUCCAUACCCGUCCCUAUCAUUGGAUUUAUCACUGCAGCCUUGGCAUAUACUAUUUCAUUACUGGUUUGACUGCUCUAGGAUAACUGGGGAGGUAUAUGAGCACCUCUACUCCGUUAGAGGCGUUUCCUCGAGCGCAGAGAUUCGUGCGAAAAAGGUCUAUGAAUUAAGCUAUCGACUUCAGGAUUGGAGAGAUCAAGUCAUUGCAAUCGAUACCCAGGAAGCGUAUCAUAAAGCCCAUAUCCAAUGGAUUGUUCCAGCCUCGGAGUUGACAUAUAACCUGAUAGCCACUAUCAUCCAACGCGCUGCGCCUCCAACUCAACCACCCGAGACUCCCUCUGGCCUCAGCCUGCAGUGUGUACAAGCAGCCCGUAAGGCUCUGCAGAUUCACCAACAAAUAUUCCUUUCCCUUGAAAAGGCUGAUUCAUUCUUUUUCAGCGGAUACAUUACCUGGGUCCUUCUGCAGUGCCCCUUUGCUCCGUUUAUGGUAACCUUCUGCCAUACAAUCGCAGCCUCAGACCACGAUGACCUAAAGCUACUCGGGGAAGUAGCAACUUCCCUCCAAGCGGCAGCCGAUGUAUCAGAGGCAGCAGAGCGGCUAUACCGACUAUGCUUGGUAUUUUACCAAGUGGCAAAGUUAUAUGUGGAUGUCCAACCAAAGGAACCACACAACCACCCUGUGAUACCGAAACCAGGGGAAGCCUUUGACGACUACCUUACCUCUCUCGGGUUCGGUCCUAAUACACUUACUCCCGAGACGGCUGAGAGUAGCAACAAUACCAAUUUCAACGACCCAAAUGAGCCUUCUAUACCUGCAUUCCAGAUGCCGCCUGAGAUGAUGGAGACAGACCUGUCACAUACCCUUGGAGACUGGUUCCUUGACAACCAGUACAUGAUGGGUCUGUUAGACUCUGAUCUAUAAGCACCAUAUUCCUGUUUAGGCUCUACUGUGCAUGUCAUACCUGUGACAGUCUGACUGUCUAGCGACUACUCGGCACAAGAGAUGGGCCUGCUUCUCAAGAUGUAUCUGUAUAAUAAAUAGUCCUCCCUCCUCAGUUCUCAGGACGGCUCCCCACUUAAUCUAAAUUUUAG